UGGUGGAGAGUUGUGAUGGAGAGCACUUCCAUUGCUUGGUCUUUUUGGAGCUGCUUUCCCUGGGUCACUGUGAGGCAACCGGUCCAGACUCCAGCUGGAAGGAGAGAUGGGCUUUCUGGCAGAGACCAGCCAGUGGAGCUGCUGAAUCCACCUCGAGUGAACCACAUGCCCAGCUCUGUUGAUGUGACCACAGCACUGCCCUUGCAAGUUGCCCCGAGUUCAGUGCCGAUGGAUCUGCGCCUGGACCACCAGUUCUCCAUGCCGGUGACGGAGCCCACGCUGCGGGAGCAGCAGCUGCAGCAGGAGCUGCUGGCGCUGAAGCAGAAGCAGCAGAUCCAGAGGCAGAUCCUGAUCGCGGAGUUCCAGCGGCAGCACGAGCAGCUCUCCCGGCAGCACGAGGCCCAGCUGCACGAGCACAUCAAACAGCAGCAGGAGAUGUUGGCCAUGAAGCACCAGCAGGAGCUGUUGGAGCACCAGAGGAAGCUGGAGCAGCACCGGCAGGAGCAGGAGCUGGAGAAGCAGCACCGGGAGCAGAAACUUCAGCAGCUGAAAAACAAGGAGAAAGGAAAAGAGAGUGCAGUGGCAAGCACAGAAGUGAAGAUGAAAUUGCAGGAAUUUGUCUUAAAUAAGAAGAAGGCCUUGGCCCACCGGAAUCUCAAUCACUGCAUCUCCAGUGACCCUCGCUUCUGGUACGGGAAGACCCAGCACAGCUCUCUGGACCAGAGUUCCCCUCCCCAAAGCGGCGUAUCCGGCACCUACAACCACCCGGUCCUGGGGAUGUACGAUUCCAAAGACGACUUCCCGCUCCGGAAAACAGCCUCUGAACCCAACCUGAAGCUGAGAUCCAGGCUAAAGCAGAAGGUGGCAGAGAGGAGGAGCAGCCCCCUCCUGCGCAGGAAGGACGGGCCGGUGGUGACGGCGCUGAAGAAGCGCCCGCUGGACGUCACAGACUCUGCAUGCAACAGUGCUCCUGGAUCUGGUCCCAGCUCUCCAAACAACAGCUCCAACAACAUCAGCACCGAGAACGGGAUUGCGGGAUCGGUCACGAGUAUCCCGGCAGAGCCCAGCCUGGCCCACAGGCUCGUGAACCGUGAGGGCUCCGUGACGCAGCUCCCGCUCUACACCUCUCCUUCCCUGCCCAACAUCACGCUUGGCCUGCCUGCCACUGGCCCUUCCAGCGCGGGAUCAGCCCAGCAGGAUGCGGAGAGACUCGCUAUCCCAGCCCUGCAGCAGCGGAUCUCCCUCUUCCCUGGAACCCACCUCACUCCCUACUUGAGCACUACAACGUUGGAAAGGGAUGGGGGAACUGCACAUAACCCUCUCCUGCAACACAUGGUCUUACUGGAACAGCCAACUGCACAAACUCCCCUAGUCACAGGACUGCCCCUCCACGCACAGCCCCUGGUUGGAGGCGAGCGGGUCUCCCCUUCCAUCCACAAGCUGCGGCAGCACCGCCCACUGGGGCGCACCCAGUCCGCACCCCUGCCCCAGAACGCCCAGGCCCUGCAGCAGUUGGUGAUCCAGCAGCAGCACCAGCAGUUCUUGGAGAAACACAAACAGCAAUUCCAGCAGCAGCAGCUGCACAUCAACAAGAUUAUAUCCAAACCCAACGAGCCAGCCCGGCAGCACGAGAGCCACCCCGAGGAGACGGAGGAGGAGCUGCGGGAACACCAGGCCCUCCUGGAGGAGCCCUACGGCGACCGGGCCGCGGGCCAGAAGGAGGCCCCGGGACUGGCCAACGUGGUGCAGGUGAAGCAGGAACCCAUCGAGAGCGAUGAGGAGGAGGCAGAGCCUCAGCAGGAGCUGGAGCCCGGGCAGAGACAGGCGGAGCAGGAGCUGCUCUUCCGUCAGCAAGCCCUUCUCCUGGAGCAGCAGCGGAUCCACCAGCUGAGGAACUACCAGGCGUCGCUGGAGGCAGCCGGAAUGCCCGUGUCCUUCGGGGGACACCGACCCCUGUCCCGGGCACAGUCCUCUCCAGCCUCAGCCACCUUCCCAAUGUCCGUGCAGGAGCCCCCCACUAAGCCAAGGUUCACAACAGGCCUCGUGUAUGACACCUUGAUGCUGAAGCACCAGUGUACCUGUGGAAACACCAACAGCCACCCGGAGCACGCGGGGAGGAUCCAGAGCAUCUGGUCCAGGCUCCAGGAGACGGGGCUGCGGGGCAAGUGUGAGUGCAUCCGCGGAAGGAAAGCGACUCUGGAAGAGCUGCAGACGGUUCACUCGGAAGCCCACACGCUGCUCUACGGCACAAACCCUCUGAACAGGCAGAAGCUGGACAGCAAGAAGCUUCUAGGUUCUCUAACGUCGAUGUUUGUCAGGCUGCCUUGCGGUGGUGUCGGGGUCGACAGUGAUACCAUUUGGAACGAAGUGCACUCAUCAGGGGCCGCCCGCCUGGCCGUGGGCUGUGUCAUCGAGCUGGUCUUCAAAGUGGCCACAGGAGAACUCAAGAAUGGAUUUGCCGUUGUCCGGCCCCCGGGUCACCACGCAGAGGAGAGCACCCCCAUGGGUUUCUGCUAUUUUAACUCCGUGGCAAUCGCAGCGAAGCUGCUCCAGCAAAGGCUCAACGUGAGCAAAAUCCUGAUAGUGGACUGGGAUGUCCACCAUGGGAAUGGGACUCAGCAGGCCUUCUACAACGAUCCCAAUGUCCUUUAUAUCUCACUGCAUCGCUACGAUGAUGGGAAUUUCUUCCCGGGCAGCGGCGCUCCCGACGAGGUUGGCACAGGAGCAGGAGUUGGUUUCAACGUUAACAUGGCAUUUACUGGUGGCCUGGAUCCACCCAUGGGAGACACGGAAUAUUUAACUGCUUUCAGGACCGUGGUCAUGCCCAUUGCCAACGAGUUUGCCCCGGAUGUGGUGCUGGUGUCGUCCGGUUUCGACGCAGUGGAAGGACAUCCCACGCCCCUGGGAGGGUAUAACCUGUCAGCAAAAUGCUUCGGGUACCUGACAAAGCAGCUGAUGGGCCUGGCCGGGGGCCGGGUGGUCCUGGCCCUCGAGGGCGGCCACGACCUGACCGCCAUCUGCGACGCCUCCGAGGCCUGCGUGGCUGCUCUGCUGGGCAACGAGCUUGACCCUCUUCCAGAGAAGGUUUUCCAGCAGAGAGCCAACGCCAACGCGGUGCAUUCCAUGGAGAAGGUCAUCGAGAUCCACAGCAAGUACUGGCACUCCCUGCAGCGUUCUGCCUCCACAGUGGGCUAUUCCCUGGUGGAGGCACAGAAGUGUGAGAACGAGGAGGCAGAGACGGUGACGGCCAUGGCCUCGCUGUCCGUGGGCGUGAAGCCGGCGGAGAAGAGACCUGAGGACGAACCUAUGGAAGAGGAACCUCCCCUGUAGCAUUAACCUUCGAGCUGGAGUUCUCCUGUCUGUUUGUCUUCGUCUCGAAGCUCUGCCAAGAAGCUUUCUCUUGUUACUCCUGCGUCCUGUCGCGGUUAAUUCCAGAACACGGGAAGGACAGCCAGGUGUAAAGCAAAGCAACCGACAACAAAACCGGAAUCUCUGCGUAUCUUUGAGUCUCUAUUUGCUGAAAAAUGCUGGUGAAGAGCAGCAAAGGACUGACAACGUUGGGUGCUCUUCCUCUGGUCCUCACUGGGAGCGGAACGAGGAACGACGCCCGGGAAGUCUUUGGCAGAGUUGCCAAAAAACACACACAACAAAUAUAAAGAAAUCAAAGCUUCAACAACGAACAUACGCGAAAAUAAAACAAACCUUAACAUAAAACUGGUGCUUACAAGCUGAUGACCCACAACUGAGCAAUCUCCGCUUGAACCACUCGGCCCAUCGUGUAGUUUCAUUUCUUGGAUAUUUUGGAAUGGCUCUUGCCUGCCUGGGAGUCAGCGACAGCUCCUGUCGGAACGGGAACUCUGGGAGAUGGUGUAUUUUUAACGGGGAGGGACAGGGAAUGAGGGACUCAUCUGACAUCUAAAGGAAAGGGAAGGAGAAAGGGGGAAACGUGAGCCCAGAUGGAGUCGGCUUUAUGGUCUCCAAAGCCAUCUGAAGAUGAGUUUGUGCCUUUUUUUCUAAUUGAUGGAUUUGGUGCAGCUGGAUUUUCUGAAGUUUGAGGAACAAUGCCUUAAGUAAAAAAAAAAAUAAAUAAAACAAAAACAAACAAACAAACAAAACCCACACAGCAGUUCCUGAAUAUUUUUCCUCUGGUUGGGAAAGCCAAGAACUGCCAUCAGGAAGGAAGACUUUUUGGCUUGUGCUGGCAUGAUGGUGGGAAGCAGGCAUCAGCUGAACGGAGCGUCUCCAAAAACUCUCGACAAGUUUGGAUUUGUUUUGUUUUCUUUCAUUGCUGUUUCAAAAAAAAAAAAAAAAAAAGGAAAAAAAAAGAAAAAAAUAAGGUAGUUGCCAAAAAAAGUGGCAAAUACUGUUGGGUCUUUGAAAUUCAACCAUUUUUAACAACAAAUUUUCCAAUGUUUUCUCUCUCUUCUACAUUAUCUGGCAAUUGAACUUAUCGAUUUGGUUGUCGAAGCAUGUAUUAGACACAACUGCAGGUUUUAAGACUGGAAUGCUUUUUAUUAAAAGCAACUAGCAUGAGAUAUUGCUUAAAUUGUUAGGUAUAAAUAUAUAUAUGUGUAUAAUGUAUAGUCCAAAUGUAUUCCAAGCUUAGAAACCGGAUUCCUAUGAAUUAUUGAGAAAAAUAUUUAUGAUGCAUUUCUAGGAAAAAAGAAAAAAAAGAAAUAUAUGUAAUAAAUGCAUACUCUAACAGUAGCCAUUGGAAGCUCCCUAGGGAGAGAUUUGGGAAUUGGAACGUCCAAGGUGCUUUUGGAAAAGGAUCCAGGUUGAAACAUGAGGACUUUUCAGGUGACAGGUUGGGAAGUUUUUCAGAAAGCCAACACUUGAGCCACUGGGCAACUACCCUAAACAUUUGUAUUUUAAUUUAAGGUUUUUAGUUGUGAUCCUUUUCUAACAAAGACAAGAAAACAAAGAGUUUUUUAUAGCGAAGACGAUGAAUUUGCUGUUAAUUUUUAUAUGGAUCUUUUCCCGCCCCCCUCCGGAAGCCUUGUUUGUGUGACUCCGACCUUUCUUUCCCCUUUGGCAGGUUUCCUUCCCCGACAGCAAUAGCAUCUAAACCUCCCUCCCUUCCUGCUUUUCUUGCUUGGACACGGAUUUUCCUUUGGGGUUUUGCCUUUUCCUUUCUGGUUUUCUCUCUUUUUCCUCGACUCUUUUGGACAGUCAGCAGCUUCCUGCAGGCGUGAGGAACUGUGGCACACGGACAGAGUUGAUUUUUUUGGGAUUGGGUGCGUUUUUUCAAGGAAUAGGGGGCGUGGUGAGCUCUUUUGUAUCACUGUAUAUUUCCUCAGUUCUCUUCUAGUAGCUGUGUAGAGAAAAUAAGGAAUUUCCUUACCUUUGACAUAGUAGUAUCCAAUGGGCGAUGUCUUUGUCCUCCAAGGAUCACGGGAGCCUUGGGACAGCUCGUUGGACGCUCAUUCCUGGUGUUUUCUCUCCGCUGGACCGACGGAUGCCCUCAGACCUCCCACCUCUCUCUUUUUCUCUCCUCUUCUUCCUCUCACUGGUAGGGCUGGAGGUGUUUUUUCCCCCGGGAAUGCCGGAUGGGAGAGGCAGCCAGCCCUUCCAUGAGGAGUUGAGCAUCCUAGAGGAGCAUCUUGGAGGCGCCGGCGCCGCCUCAGAGCAGUGUAGGACAGCACAUCCCUGCUCCCAACCCCCACAUGCAGCUUCUCCUCAAUCCCUGUCAUUUUACCAUCCCUGUUAUUUUAUCCUGUUCCCGUGAUGACUGACGGGGCCGCUUCCAGUAACUUCCUCUUUUUCCAGUUCUCCAAGCAGCCGUUUCCAUUCCGUUCAGGAGUCACGGGAGGCAUUGGAAGUGCAACCCCACAUGUGAGCAAAGGCAAGAGGCUUUUGGUUUAUUCCUCCAUUUCUAAUGCAGUUGAAAACACUACAGUAAUUGAGUUGUGCAAACCCAAGUACGUCCGAAAAUUCGGAAUUUUAAGGACCAUCCUCAGUGUAUCCUAAAGAGAAUCCCGUGUGAAAACACGACGGACCUGGGGAUGGGGCGGGACGGGAUUUUUUCCGCCCUCCCGCUUUGCUGCUGUGACCUAAAAUCAAUCCCGCUGCCGAGUUUGGUGACUGACUUGGAAUUAUCCUUGGAAUUGUCCUCCCUCUGUGGGCGGUGACCGUGUUCACACCCUCCUUUCUCUUGCCAGCUCUUCCCUGGAAGGUUUUUUUCCCAUUUCUCCUCUCGGUCGUGGCAAAGCUUUUUCCUUCCUUUUGGGCCUUCCCAGGAACCACCGGCUGACCGUGCUGAGCCGGUUCCUUUAGGAAAACUGGAGGAGCUCGUCGGGAUCCCACCUUCUUUCCUUUCCACCAUUUCACUCAGCUUUUUGACAGGGAUGGAAAGACUUUUUUCCCGAGACGUCAGAGCUCAUCUCCUCCGAACUCCGGGUGACGUGGAUUUGUUUGAGCGUCACCCGCUCCCCUGGGGAUGCUCUUCCCCGGGGAUGCUCUUCCUUGAGGAUGCUCUUCCCCGAGGAUGCUCUCUGGGGCCGGUGCAGGCACAGAGAGAGGGGAAGGAGCCCCCAUUUUGAGGCUCCCCGGGGUUUUUUCACCUUUUUGAGCCAUUCGCUUCUUCAUUUCCGAUGACUUUGCCAUAGGGCAGGAGCCCGGGAUGCUCCCGCAUCCCAUCGUGGUGCUGCCCGGGGCAUCUUUGUACCUGCUUGGGAAGAAAAGGAGCAUCUUUAAAUCCUCUUGACAGUGAAGUGAGGCCCAGUUUGCAGUACACAACCACCAGGGGGGGCUUUUUUGGGGGGGGCAUUGUUGUUUUGGGUUUUUUUUCUUCUUACUUUCGAUACAAAACAUUCCUUUUUUUAUUAGUCACGGUCACGUCUUCAUUCCAUUCUUCCUUUUGUAAACUUUUUUGGGCCCACGUUCUUUUGACGGGCAUUGAUAUAUAUAAAUAUAUAUAUAAAUAUAUAUGAAUAUAUUUUUUUAAGUUUCCUACACCUUGAGGUUGCAUGGUCUGUAAGGUUGGCAUGUCUUUAUAUUGUAUACAGAUUUUGCACGCCACACUUGGCAGCUUUGAAAACAAUAACAAAAACAAACAAACAAACAAAACAAAACAAAAAAAAUGGUGGUUUGGGGUUGGGUUUUUGAUUUUUUGGGGUUUUUUAAAAUUUUUUUGGGUUGGUUUUUGUUUCGUUUCAUUUUGGUUUGAGAUUUUCUUUUUUCCUCUCGUGGCAUUUGCGGAGACUAAAGGUUGGGAUGUUGUUGUCACACACACACACACACACAAAAAAGGAAGGAGAGUGGAAAUUUUUGUUUGUCUCACUGAACUGAAUAAGAAAUUGUGGUUUUUGUUGUUCAAAAGAGUAACUACAAAGAAAGCAGACAAAGGACUACUUACACAUUUCUCACUUUAAGAAGAAAAGAAAGAAAAAACUAAGACGUUUCUCUAGCACUUGUGACUUACCAAUAAUAGAGUUUAUUGUAUUUAUGCGGAACCAGUGUUUUUAGGGGGGACUACGCCGAACACACCAAGUAAACUGCCUGUGUCCUGGUUACUCUCGUUAUUCUUCUCAUUUCCUUUCGUUUGGGUUGGUGUUUCGCUUUGGUUUCUCGCCGGGGUGGGGAGGUUGGAUGCGACGGACGCGACCCUCGCGUCGGAGCCGCCGAUCCCGAGGAGAGCUGCGUGGCUGAGGAGGACUUGAAAGAGUUAACUCUCCAGCACAGCCGAACUUUUGUAAGGAAUUACUUUUCCAGGAUGUAUUAGUGCUCGGUUUCACUUUAAGCAGUCUUGUACUGUGCAACACUGUGGUUUAAAAAAACGAGACUUUGCAGCGAAAGGCAAAACGUGUUUCUUCAUUGUCGUGAGGUCGGGCUCGUUCUCAGCUCGGCUUCGCUUUGUCUUUGAUAUUGACGAAAAAAUUAAAAAAAAAAAACCCACACACACACA